CUGCAAGCAGAGCCUGCAGCAGCAGCAGCAGCCUCGCGGCUUGUGUUGGCCUCUCCAGAGCUGUGCAAGGGGAUCGAGACCAGGGCUUGGAGACGUGUGCAUUUGCUCUAUAGCCACUUGGGAGGGCCGCAGGCUUGAACGGGGACCACCUCGAAGGGAAGGCCCUGCUCAGUGAAAGGAUUUCGUGGAGGAGGGUUCUGCAGAGAGAACGGGUCUUGCUUUCAGCUCCUUCCAGACGGCUUUCUGUCUUUCAAGCUGCCAUCGAUUCUGUUCAUCCCCCCCCACCCCCCGCUUUUAGUCUGGCCACUGGUUCAGCCCAAAGGCUGCUCGUCACUGAUCCCUAAACUGCAGCUUUGGCUGAGCAAUGGCGAUGCGAGUUACAUCUGGUAAUUUGGCAAGCAUUCCCCUCGACAGAGGCUAACGCUAAACUCUGAACCAAGCUGGCAGCCCGUAACCAUCUUCCUUGGUGUGUACAGAACUCAUGCAAUUAAAAUGCUACAAAGGUGGGUUUGGGGGGAUAGCUUUUUGCCAAUGGAGCAUGUGUAUCAUGGUGACAUGGACACAAUUCUGUUCUUCCAUCUCUCUCCCCGAAAGCUCAUUUCUUGCAUAUUUUCAGGCAAAGCUGGUCCAGCUUAGGCUGCCCUUACAGGAAUGCGAUUGGAGCAUUGUGCCCUCCAGAGCUGAUUCCACUGUUUGGGCCGAUGGAAGCCCUGCAGGUGGCAUAUCAUGAACAGCAAGCCGUUGGCACCGAGCUGAACCCUGCGGCUGUAACGGCGUUGAUGGCUGAGGGUAGCCCGUUGUAGUAACAGUGGGCGCAGAAUGAGACGUUACAGGUGUGCCUUACAGUCUGUUGAGAAGAGGGGGGAAAGGAGUUCCAGAAAGCCGAAUCUGAUCUGGAUUAUAUUCAGACAAUGCUGGAGUUUGAAAUAAUGAAAGAGCUGCCUGAUGGACUGUCGCAAGAGGAAAACCCCCUGGUCCUCAUUCAGCAGCUGUCAGCGCUGAAGUCUCGUUACAGGGCACUGUGCGAGCAGCUUGAAAAGAUUUCCAUAGAGCGGCGAGAUUCCAUGCGCUCCAUCCGUGUGACUCUUGCUAAAACAGUGCAGCUUGUUCAGGAGAUACAGCACCACACCGGCAUGGAGAUUUCGCCUCUGUCUCAAGAAGAACAGCUCGCAAUGCAACACUUGAUGCUCCAGACUCGUGAAACAGAGGCACCAACCAAGCAGAACUGUUCAAAGGAACACGAAAUUCCCGAUGCAAGGUGAAAAAACCUAAAAGGAGUUCUGCACUCGAAGCUGACAAAUGUAUAAAUGUUUGUGCCUUUUAAACUGUGGGUUACUGUGGCUAUAUUUUUGUAUGUAGACCCCAAAAUGUGAUCAGUAAUUUGUCUAGGUGGUAGAGAUUAUUGUUAUGUGGGGUGAUGAUACCGUAUCUGCAUUGAGGCUUCAGUUGCUAAAAGAUGCUUGCCAUCAUUAUGCCAUAGCAAUACUUUGUUAUAUCUACAUGCAUCUUUAUGACCUCCUUUAAGUGACAGAUUUUGAAAGUUAGUGCAAAGUAUAAACCACAUCAACAUUCCAGAAGAAUGACAGUGUAAAGAACAGAGAGAUGCACUUGGAUAGCUGUGGGAGACAUCUCUGCUGUGGAAUAACUUUCAAACAGUAUUUUCUUAUGUUGCACCUUGGUUAUAUGAAGGCCAUAGCAGAGAGAGAUUUCCAAAAUAUGCAUUCCAAGCUAUGGAAGAAAAACCAGUUUCUUUCUCAAAAGACUACUUCAUUAUUCUCCUUUCUCAAAAGACUACUUCAUUAUUCAGAUGUUUCUACCUGAUUGAUUUCAGUGGGGUGGGAAUUGACGACCAUCUCCAUUUCUUUCAGUGCCCCUGUUACUUAUAUCCCGGACUGCAGUAUGUGCUACUUGUGCCCCUUUGCAGGCUACACAAUUGAUGGAAGUUCUGCAUUGUCUGUCCUUCUUUCACCUUAGUGUGAUGUUUGGACAAAUGGUCAUUUGGGGUGGUGCUUUUCGUAUAGUCAAAGCCAUAUCUGUGAACCUUGAAACAGAAUCUAAGUUUAAAUAUUCUCCUUCACUUUAAAAAUACGUUAGGAAAAAAAUAAACCUAAGUGUAUAACAGCA